CCCGCCAUUAUAAAUUUUAAAAUUGAGGACAAAACGCAUGGCUCAUGUCAAGUGGGAGUCAAUAGCUUUUUUUUUCUCCCAGUGGCAAAUCGAUCCUCAUCAUCCCUUGCGCACCGCUCCAGCUGCAGCAGUCCGCUAACCACAGACCGGGGCUCGGACUUGCCGCUCAGUUCGUCAAUCCUUGUGGAGCGCUGCAGCCGGCAUUGAGCCAGCGACUGCCCCUGGCGGCAGCCCUUGGCGGGGACAGAGUCGUAGCAUCGUCCCCAACAAAUCCAGACACGAAUCGAACCUAGCACGGGGGUACAACUUGCCGCCGAAAAGGCAAGAGCAGAUUUUUUUAUUGUUUUUUUUUUAUAGAUAAACCACACCCGAGGAAGGAGAAACAAAUAAAGCCACCGCCGCCGUCAAACCCAGUUCUCCAUCCUGGCUCCUGGCCUCCCCUGCCUAGUCUUGUCUGCUGCUGGCUCCGGAAACCAGCACGACCGGCCCUCCUUGGGUAUUUAUGUCUUUGCACUGCCCUUGAUUCCAGCGACCUCGUGCUGGAACUCUAGAUUUAUUCGCCAACGACGGUUACUACUGGUGAGGCCACUACCUCUUUUUGCUCGUCUCGAUUAUUCGAGGGGGUUCUCGGCCAGCAGAGCAGGUUGAAGUGAAUCCCACCACCACCACACACACACCACAACCACGAUGCCCUCAACCAGGUCAACAUCGGCCAAGGUGCAGGGCCAGGACCCCGUCCAGCGCCGCACCACCACCAGCGCCGACUCGGAUGUCUCGGCGCCCAAUACCGCACUUCACUCGCCCAUGGACUCUCCCCGCCACUCGGCCUCGUCCACCUCCCUCUCCUCUCUCUCGUCGGCCGACCCCGCAGAAAAGAAGGCUGCCGGUGCCCAGCAGUACGGCAAACUCCUGGACACGUACGGCAACGUCUUCGAGAUUCCUGAUUUCACCAUCAAGGAUAUCCACGAUGCCAUCCCGAAGCACUGCUUCGAGCGCUCCGCCAUCCGCAGCCUGAGCUACGUCUUCCGGGACAUGCUCCUACUUGGAACCACUUUCUACAUUUACUACAACCAUGUCACCCCCGAAAACAUCCCCUCCAAGCCCCUCCGUGUCGGGCUCUGGGCUCUGUACACCGUUCUCCAGGGCCUCUUCGGUACCGGCCUCUGGGUUCUGGCCCAUGAGUGUGGUCACCAGGCCUUCUCCCCCUCCAAGACUCUCAACAACCUGGUCGGCUGGAUCGUCCACUCGGCUCUCCUGGUCCCUUACUUCAGCUGGCAAAUGUCCCACAGCAAGCACCACAAGGCCACGGGCCACAUUGAGCGCGACAUGGUCUUCGUGCCCCGCACUCGCGAGCAGCACGCCACCAGGCUCGGCCGCAUGGUCCACGAACUCUCGGAGAUGACCGAGGAGACCCCCAUUUACACUCUCCUGCACCUUGUUGGCCAGCAGCUCUUCGGAUGGCCCCUGUACAUCAUCGCCAACGUGACGGGCCACAACUACCACGAGCGCCAGCGCGAGGGCCGUGGCAAGGGCAAGAAGAACGGCUUCUUCGGUGGCGUUAACCACUUCAACCCUAGCAGCCCCCUCUAUGAGAACAAGGACGCCGGCAAGGUGCUGCUGAGCGACCUCGGUAUCGGCCUUGCCAUCACCGGGCUGGUGUACCUCUGCCGCACAUUCGGCUUCCAGAACAUGCUGGUUUGGUACUUUAUCCCGUACCUCUGGGUCAACCACUGGCUGGUCGCCAUCACCUUCCUGCAGCACACCGACCCUUCGCUGCCGCACUACACGGCUGAGGAGUGGAACUUCGUCCGGGGCGCCGCCGCCACCGUCGAUCGCGAGUUCGGGUUCGUCGGCCGCCACCUGUUGCACGGCAUCAUCGAGACACAUGUGCUGCACCACUAUGUUAGCACCAUCCCGUUCUACAACGCCGAUGAGGCCACCGAGGCCAUCAAGGGUGUCAUGGGCAAGCACUACCGCAGCGACACGGCCGGCGGACCUGCCGGUUUCCUUGCUGCUCUGUGGAAGAGCAGCCGUAUGUGCCAGUGGGUUGAGCCCAGCGCCGAGGCCACUGGUGCCGGCAAGGGCGUCUUGUUCUUCCGCAACCGCAACAGCAUCGGUACUAAGCCUAUGAAGCUAUAGGCUCAGUAAAGGAGCCAAGUCGGAGCUAUAACUCUGUCAGCUGACGCAAGGACAGACGGUUCCUGGCCCAAGGCUUCUAUUAGCCGACAGACUCGUUUCGGAUUGGUAGGCGGCGCUUGGGUUCCUGUUAGCAUACGAAUUCCAAAUGGGCAUGUCCAGUAUUGGGGUUGAUGGCCUUGUCCACAGCUCUUGGCAAUUCUCGGCCGCGGCGGCAGCCUUUGCCUUUUCUUUUACUGUUACUUUUCCCCUAUGUUAUGCAUCAUCGAUCGUAUAUUCAGAGAAGGAAGCCGUCGGGGACACGAGCUCUCUUAUUCCAGGCAGACAGACCGGCGGGAUGGCUGAGACUAGAUGAAGGUGGUGCAAAGACUUAGAAGAAGGAUGAUGAAGCCCGAAAGCAGAAGAGGCGGGUUGGGGACGAUGGCCAGGCUAGAGAGGCUGUGGAUUGGAACAUUUUGGGAGGUUCGCUUGAUGGCGUCACUAGGAGUUUAUGAACGCGACAUAGAUUAUGACUUUUUCCACCUUGGCCCCACCACGAACGACUAUGUGACUGACGACGUCAGGUUUGUAAGUAGUCGGCGGAGAAGAGAGAUUUG